AUGAAACGAGCUGGGCUUCGUGUAUUCAAGGUCCGGAAGGCACCGAACCGGCGUGAUCAACAAAACACAGCGGCCAAAUCCGGCGCAAGGAAGCUGUAUCGAGAGUGGUUAACGAAACCGAUGUGUGUGGUUAUGGAUGACGAAACCUACAUCAAGGCAGACGCAAAGCAGAUACCGGGGCUGGAGUUGUACGUUGCGAAAUCACGGUUUGAUGUUCCGGAAGACAUAAGGAAUAAGGUUAACAAACUGGCUGUCUACGAUCAAAUCAUAGCACCUGAAAUUUUCUACGCUGCACCGGUGCGGGAAUCAAUUCGAGAGGAGAUAACGGACCUGGAAACAUUUUCACUACUUGACAACGAUGAUUUCACACGGCUCAAACUUUCUACGAAAAUGGUAAAAACCAUUCAAAAACUUCAAAAACUGUUGGAAAAUGAUUUGGUAGUUGAAGAACUGGAAGACCAUAUUGAAGACAUAAUCGAAACUCAUGCAGAUGACGUUGGAACAAACUCGAACGCCGAAAAUGAUGAUCGUUCGUUCAAUCUUGAGCAAGAAAUCAACGUCGAUCAAAUAUUCACAAAAACCCAAACAGGACGAGAGAUUCAAGAGUUUUUGGUGGAAGGUUACAAACCAACUGAGAAGGUGUCCAAACAGAUCACCCACAUCCUCUGCGACUACCUGGUAUCUGCUUACGGCGAGAGGCCAUCUACGUUCUAUAAGGAAAUGCUAGCUCGAUCCUUGGUCAAGACGUAUCCAGUACUAGCUUCAACUGCAUCUGACAUUCCUCACGCACUGUGGUUUUACAAAAACGGUCGCGGUAGUGGGCGCCAUUCAGGAAAAAUUCACUACCGGAUGGAGUUCCUUGCCAAGAAAUCAGACAAACGGGUAUUCCACAGACUCUCCGAUGACUGCCAAACAUUGCGAGCUUCAGAAGUAUCAGAAUACGAUCAAGACGAAGCAACCAUCGAUGAUCUGGUACUAGAACUGCAAUUUGCUGUACCCACGGAACAAUCAAAAUCAAGAAUUAUGGAUUUAUGGAAACAAACGUUGAGAUUCCGUAACAACAUUCGUGAGGAAGUAACAUUUUUGCAGUUCAUGAAAGACUUUCCGGUAGCUACAGCGUUUGGAGGAGCAUUGAUUUCAUUUGACUUUGAGUCAAUGAGGCCAAAUGCGGCACGGUUCGAGGAUGUAUGGAAUGUUAUCCAACCAAAAAUUCUGGAUCAAUACCGAGAUGUGUACAGAUAUAUCAAAAACGAUAUGAUCAAGGCGUUAGCCGUAGUUCGUGAAAAAAAUCCAACCAGAGGAGCAAAACGACCACGACCGGACAAAGAAAAAGAAGCACGAAAGUUUAAUCCGUUGCAUGGUAUCAUCGACUGGAUUGAUCCGGAGAUGGAAUUACCUAACACAGAAGAUCCGCUUAUCAUCGUGUCAGCAACAUUAUUUGAAGAUGGUGACUGCAACAUUAUUUGGAAGGACAUCUCAAUUCCUGUCGGAAACAAUCUACUGGGCGCCUUCACUCUACUGUUGCAAGUUUUUACAGUAUUUAAUGUAAAAUGCUGCCCAUCGGACAAGAUUUUUUAUUCUUUUUUUUAUGCAUACUGUUUCAAAAUCGAAGCAUUGAGUACCAAUGGCAAUAAGUUUGUAAGCCAACUAAAUUAA